AGUUGUAUCCCUAUUGUUGUUGACAUCAGAAAGUAGCUGAGAAGGAAGAGUACAGCAACGGAUUUGUCCUACGCAACUUUUCAGGAAGUAUCCAGACUGACCAGUUGUCGUGUGUCUCAGUUGAAUUAACAUUUAUGUGCUUCGCUUGCUCAUCACGCCGAUCUCUACUUUAUGGCAACAUAAUUGUAAUGUGGUCUACUUACUGUAUGUUGUUGUAGGUUCUAGAUGACAGAGCAUAAAUGGCUGCUGAUGAAAGAGUAAAAAGUCAGCAGCUGGACAAGACAGUCAGUGUUAAAAAAUACUCCUUCACAUCUGAAUCCACAACUGUCUCAGCCGGGCUCAGAAAAGACAACACACUUCUUGACAAGCUUCCUUCUAGCUGUGACAUGCAGCUGGAGACAGAUGGAGAUAUAAAUGACGACAGAUGCAAGGACAGGGCUGAUUCUCCCAGUACUUUAACAAUGCCCCCUGGCUGGGUCAGGGAGGUCAGGCAGAGGAAAGGAGGCAAGACAGUGGGGAGACUGGAUGUCUACAUUACAAGUCCCCAAGGGUUGAAGUUCCGGUCAAAAGCAUCCCUGCAGGCUUUCCUGCUUAAAAAUGGAGAAGUCAACAUAAACCUUUUUGAAUUUUCUGCAACCAAAGGCGAUGGUGUAAACACUCCCUCCCAAGUGAAACAGGGGACAAGAAAGAGACGGCAAGCUACUGGCAAGCAGGAGAAAACAAAGGAUGCUAUGGAUACACUGGAUCAACCUCUGAGUAAAUCUAAAGGAGCCAGCUCUUCCCUCAUCAGAGGCGCGACAGAAAAAAAAGGAAAGAGGGAAAAAUAUGCAAAUCAUAUUAAUAAUGAAAUAGUUCCAGAAGAGAUCAUCACUCAGCAAUGUGACAAAACGGAUGAAAUAAAGUGCUGCGCGCCAUCCGCACACUUUGAUUUAAAAUGUCAGGGGAGCCCUCAAAAGGCAGGGUUGCUUAGAGAGAAGCUGCUCAGAUUGGCUUCUCCAAAUAACAAACAUAACACUUUUAAUGUUCACGAGGACAAGAAGACAGACUCGCAGCUUUCUGUCCCGGUUCUGAAUUUCCAACCUGCCAGUGGGAGUGAGAAAGAGGGUGAUGAUGAACGAGGGGAAGAGGAGAUACAGAUUCACAGUGAAGGUGACAACAAGCCUAAUCCUGAACUGGAGGGUGAUGCUGACAGUCACGGGGACGUGCCAGAGGAGGUGUUGUUACCUGACAUCACUGACGAGAGCUGCAUACCACUGAAAAAUUCCCAGAAUAAGUCCAAGAGCGUGAAAGACAAACGAAAAACCAGCCCUUAUUUCAGUCGGAACCCCCACAGAGAUUGCCUUAGCCCACCCAGGAGGAAGGCCUUUAAAAAAUGGACCCCCCCUCGCUCUCCCUAUAACCUCAUACAGGAAACUCUUUUCCACAACCCCUGGAAGCUUCUGGUGGCCACUAUUUUUCUGAACAAGACAAGUGGAAAAAUGGCAAUCCCAGUGCUGUGGCAGUUCUUUGAGCGGUACCCCUCUGCGGAAGUGACCCGGGUGGCUGACUGGAAGCCCAUUUCUGAGCUUAUGACGCCUUUAGGCCUGUUUGAGCUGAGAGCCAAAACACUCGUCCGCUUCUCAGAUGAAUAUUUAACUAAACAGUGGCGUUACCCCAUUGAGCUGCAUGGUAUUGGGAAGUAUGGUAACGACUCUUACAGGAUCUUCUGCGUGGAAGAAUGGAGACAGGUGACACCUGAGGACCACAUGUUAAAUAAAUACCAUGCCUGGCUUUGGGAGAACGCUGAGUCACUCGGAAUAUGAAAACACAAAGCUUGAGGAUCUGCAAAGGAAAAAAAAAAAGGAUUUGUUUCACCACAGACUGGAAAAUCCUUUUCAACCAAUGUAUUACCUGUAAAAUAGUGUUUAUUUUGUACUGGAAAUAAUGAUCUUGAAUUUGCAAAUAAUGCAUGUGAAUUUUCAAAGAUAUCAGUGUAAGUGAAAAUGCUUUUAAUGUGAAAUAAAAAUGUUUUAAGUGGUUUAAAAGUU